CUAAGCACGAAUGUGAGCUCGUCGUUUAAUUAAUAAAAAUAUAACUGAAAGAAAACAUGAGUUUUUGAAAACAUGCAACUCAAUUGCAUUAUAUCGUGUGCAUAAUACAUGUACCACAUGUAGAUCAAAUUAAUAGUUAAAAUUGUCAUUACUUGUCGUCGGGCAUCGUCUGUUUUUACGUUCGCCUUUUUAUCGAUUAAAUUGUAUAUGUACGAAAAAAUAGUUGCGACUCGUGCUGGCGCGCAAACACGCAUACUCAUACACUAGCAACAGCAACACUAACAACAACAAUAAUACCAACAACAACCACAACAACAACCACAACAACAACAAUCAUAAUAAUAGCAACAACAAAAACAACAGUAUACAUUUAGAAGCGGAGCACCCUGAAAAGCUCGCAAACAAAGCCAAACGCGGAAACUGGCAAAGUGCUCUCAAACGCUGUGUUAAUCCAAAUCGAGAAUUCGCUCGCAUCGCCAGCGCUUUUAACGCGAUGUCUUGCAAAACGGAGAGCAACAGCAGCGUCGGCAGCAGUAGCUACGGCGACAGCGUCGUAACACUUAUCAGCGGUAGUAGUCGCAGCAGCGAUAUUACUGAUAAGAUGUCAGACGUGCGUUCGCGGAUUCCCGCAAAUGGCAAGCCUAAACCACCGAAUCAACUGCAAUCGCAGCGGCAGCCUCAACAACAACAACAGCAGCAGCAGCAGCAGCAGCAAUUGCAACAACAACAGGAGCAACAACAGCAACAGCAGCAGCCACCACCAGUGACGCCACAAAAACAGGCAAUGUCUGCGGACGAGCGAAAAGCCACCAAGAAAUCUCUAGUCAUCGUGGUUGCAAUAUUUGUGGCCAGUUUGAUGACCAUGUUCUAUGUAUAUGCAAUAUUUCCCGAAUUGAAUGCCUCUGAAAAGGAACAUUUAAAAAUACCACGUGAUAUACAAGAUGCGAAGAUGCUAGCAAAGGUCCUGGAUCGCUACAAGGACAUGUAUUAUUUUGAAGUGAUGUUCGGCGUUGUCGUCGCCUACGUAUUCCUACAAACAUUCGCCAUUCCUGGUUCGUUAUUCCUGUCGAUCUUACUUGGAUUCUUGUACAAAUUCCCCAUCGCACUGUUUCUCAUUUGCUUCUGCUCGGCGCUGGGCGCCACACUCUGCUAUACGCUCUCCAAUCUGGUCGGGCGCCGUCUCAUCCGACACUUUUGGCCAAAGAAAACGAGCGAAUGGUCCAGGCACGUCGAGGAGUACCGUGACAGCCUGUUCAACUACAUGCUCUUUCUGCGGAUGACCCCGAUCCUGCCCAACUGGUUCAUCAAUUUGGCCUCGCCAGUCAUUGGCGUGCCGCUGCACAUCUUCGCACUGGGCACCUUCUGUGGCGUUGCUCCGCCAUCGGUAAUUGCUAUACAAGCGGGCAAGACGUUGCAGAAGAUGAGCAGUUCGAGUGAAGCCUUCUCCUGGACCUCGAUGGGCGUGCUAACACUGUGCGCGUGCGCCUCGCUGCUGCCUGGACUUCUUAAGAAUAAAUUAAAGAAGAAGAAGACGGCGUAAAACUCGAAACUGAUGAAUCACUACGAAUGUUGCAACAGCUGAAAUAGAUUUAUUUUACCAAAAAGCAGAUGAAAACGAAAACAUCCCACAUUAUGUUGAAUUGGGUUGUUUUUAACGCAUAUUGAUAGAAACCUGCAUAUAUACAUAUAAAAAAAUAUAUUUUAUUAUUAUUUCUCUAGGUUUUCCUUAGUUCUAAUGAAUGUACCAUGUAUACCGAACUGCUAUUUCCAAAAACACAAAUCCAUAAGAAACACAAAACAUAAUAAAUGCGCGUUAUUUAAAGUGGAACAAAUACGAAAACUCCGAGUAUCUACUAUACAUAGGCCUAGAUAUAUAAAUA